AUGUCAGUGCUACUAGUUGCUGUGGUAAUUUUUAUUCUAAUCGUUGUGUUGGAUUAUGCGGAGAAAGUGAAACGCUUAUGGGGAUCGUGCAUCGGUGGUCCAAUAUUUCUACCAAUCAUUGGAAAUGCCCAUCAAGUGAUCCUGAAAAAACCUACAGACUUUUUUGAUCUUCUCCAGGAAGGUGUACGACACUUUGGGGAUGUUUCACGUGUUUGGGUUCUCAAUAUGCUCUUCAUCAGCAUCACAGAUCCUGAAUACGUUGAACCCAUCCUCAAUAGUUCAACCCAUAUUUCUAAAGCCCAAGAUUAUUCAUUCUUGCAACCUUGGCUUGGUGAUGGACUUCUCUUGACUACAGGUAAAAAAUGGCACAUACGAAGAAAAAUCAUCACUCCAGCCUUCCAUUUUAAGAUCCUGGACAACUUUGUAAAGAUCUUCGAUAAGCAAGCAAGAAUUUUUGUAAAGAAAUUGGGACAAUUUGAUCCAGGAAGCUCUGUGGAUGUUUAUCCAUUGGUCAGUCUUCUCACCUUCGACGUGAUUUGUGAAUCUGCAAUGGGAACUUCAGUGGAUGUUCAGCUAAAUAAGAAUUCCGAAUAUGUUGAGGGGGUUCAAGAAAUCACAAAUAUUCUCCAUAAAAGAAUGUACAAUGCCUUCCUGAGAUUCAAAUUCUUCUUUCGGUUGUCCAGGAGUGGAAUUCGCGAACGAAAAAUUGUAAAAACACUCAACAAGUGGACAGAAAAAUUGAUAGAGAAGCGCCGUGAAGAUCUUCUGAGGGACAACAUUGCAACAAAGAAAAUUCAUGGUGAUACAGCCAUUGGGGAAAAAGAUAAAAUGGUUCUUUUGGAUGUACUCCUGCAGGCUACGGUUGAUGGACAAACACUUGUAAAUGAGGACAUACGUGAAGAAGUUAGCACUUUUAUGUUUGCUGGACACGAUACGACAACUUCUGGAAUUGCUUUCCUUCUCUAUAACAUUGCUCUCUAUCCGGAUGUUCAAGAAAAAAUUGUCGAUGAGAUUCGAUAUAUUCUGGGGAUGAAUCCGAACAAGGACAUUUCAUUAGGAGAUCUCAAGAAUCUCUCUUAUUUGGAGUGUGUCAUUAAAGAGUCUCUGAGGCUAUUCCCACCUGUUCCUAUGAUUGGACGAUACUUUGAGGAGGAUACUCAACUGAAGGAUAUUAAAAUACCUGCCAAGAGCACAGUUAUUAUUGGAGCUUUCUUUAUGGGACGCAAUGCUACACUUUUCCCAGAACCCAAUGCCUUCAAACCAGAACGUUUUGUAGAGGAUGAGACUACUAUGAAAAAGAAUCCCUAUAGCUAUAUUCCCUUCAGUGCAGGACCAAGAAAUUGUAUUGGACAGAAAUUUGCUCUCAUGGAGAUGAAGACAAUCGUUGUACGAAUUCUUCAGUCAUUUAGGAUAUCCGUAGAUUCCACAUACGAUAAACCACGCUUAGUCGCUGCAAUUGUGCUACGUCCCAAAAAUGGAAUUCUUCUUAAUUUCCAAAAGAGGGAAUAACAUUUUUUAUUCUUUGGUUUUUAGAGUAUUAAAAUGGAAUUAAUUCGCUUAUCGAAUUAAUUUAAUUAUUUUUUCUUUAAUUUUUGUAUUGAUAACGCAAGAAAUAAAUUGUAUAUAAGA